AUGGACCCAGCCAGUCAGGCACUGGCUCUAGAUCUGCCCCCAAACGUGCGCAAGAUAACGAAACGCCCCGCCGAACCACCGAAAAAGAAUUGGCCUCAAGGCUUCCGUCGCCGCCAUCCAGAAAUUAAGUUAAGGAGUAAUAGAGCGAUGCCUUGGGAGCGUCACGAUAACAACAUAUACGAUAAGGUUAAGAAAUGGUUUAAUGUGAUCGAAAAGGAACUCCGUAGACCAGACGUCUUGCCUAAGAAUGUCUACAAUAUGGAUAAAACAGGCAUCAUGCUUUCUAUGCUUGGUUCUGUUAAAGUCCUUGUAGGUAAGGAUGAUCGGCGAAGCUAUAGAGGUGCUAGCGUGAAGCGCACGAUGGUAACUGCCAUCGAGUGUAUAUCCGCAAGCGGAUACAACGACUCUUAUAUCAGUCUUAAGUGGAUAAAACGAGUGUUUGAUCCCCAAACAAAAGCUCGCGCUAAUCAGAAGCCACAAAUACUAAUCUGCGAUGGCUUUAGAACACACGAGACCCUUGAGGUCCUUGAGUUCUGCUUUAAGAACAACGUUAUCCUAUGUCGAUUGCCCUCCCACACCUCCCACAAGCUACAGCCGUGUGACGUAUCCGUUUUUGGCCCACUAAAGACGGCAUAUCAAGACAAAGUCGAACUACUAUAUCGCGGAGGUCUAACGACCAUUAACAAAGAACAUUUCACCACCAUAUACAGCCCAGCAAGGAAAAGGGCCAUGACUAAGAAGAAUAUCCUUGCCGGCUGGGCAAAGACGGGACUCUUUCCGUUCAACCCACCAAGGGUUCUUCGUGACAUCACGAAGCCUGACGCCCCACUGACUGUUGCUCUAAUGACUGUUCCGAUACCAUGUGUAGAUGCAAGUGAUGUGAUGUAUCAGUAA